UGGUGGCGCCGUACAUAGAAUUUUGAACAGCAUAAUGCUACAUUUUCGUUGAAAUAUCGUUAUUAUUUCACCGGAAAUAUUAUGGAUCUAAAAUAUUCGAUAUCAACCGCGAUGCAGGCGAUAGUAAACAAAUCCAAGGUGACACUUAAGGGAGAACAUCAGCUCGUAGUUCCCGAUCUUUCGGAAUUGUCCGAAGAAGAGGCGCAUUUUUACAAUCUAAUGUUCGGCGAUGAUGUUGCCGCUGUGCGUCAUCGAAAGAUUCACUGUACAGCGUGCGACAUUCACAUUGGAUCCGCACCAGCAAGUGCUUGUAACAUGUACGCACAUCCCGUGCUUCGUACUCUGCUGUGCGCCGCCUGCCGCGAGUUUUACGGAGAUGGAAACUUUGAACAAGGUGAAGAUGCAACGGAUAUGUUCUGUCGAUGGUGUGCCAAUGGUGGCAAUCUGUACUGCUGCUCGUACUGCAGCAAUACAAUCUGCAAUAAGUGUAUCAAGCGAAACUUUGAUCCACUAAUGCGAAUCAAGAUAGAGGGGGAAGAAAAGUGGAAAUGCUUUGUUUGCGACCCGACGGAUGUUUACACCCUGAGGGCUAUAUGCUGGGCUUUAUUGCAGCACAUUCAAACCGUAACGAGAAUACUGCGAAACGACAAAGUAAUGAGCACAGAGGAAUUGACGGAGAAGAUGUUGUUAGAUGAAGCAAAAUGCUGCAUGCGCAAGCGCAAAGCAAAACGUCGCAGAAGGACAAGCGAUUUGGAAGAAGAUGACGAAACGUUCUAUCCCGAACUGGAGGAAAUGUCGUUGUCACUCAGACGUAGAAUGCACAGAAAAUCGCCUCGCUUUUCGUCGAUUACAAACGGUGAGCAAGUCAGGCCGACGAUCAAUACUCGAAUUCCGGCAAAGAAUCCAAACGAAACAGUUGACUUUGAUGAUGAUGACGUACCGCUACCCAUGAUACCCUGUGUUCAAUCUAUGGUUGAAGGCGACAGCAGCAGUGAAACCCUCAUUGAUACUUUGACUCCGGAUCCCACUAUACCAGAGCUACCAUCGAGAGGCCGCUGCCCGCCACCGCCGCUCCAAAUCAAUCCUAUACCGACGGCCAAUUUGCUCAAACCAACGCUACCCCCACUUUCACCCAUAAGAAAUAGCUACAUCAAUCGCAAACGUCCGAGAACCUUACACCCAAUUUUACCUAUACCUAAUACCAGAAUUAAAAUGCUCAUGGUUGAGAACUCGAGCAAACCUUGCCCGCCUGCAAGUGUGCAUACCAUUGAAUACAGCUCGCUGCCGCUCAGAGCUCCAGCUAUUCAGCCACAAGUUCCUAUGGUGACAAUACCGACGACGUCGAAGAAUUAUCCACUGUCAACGGCACGUAUUUUAGGAAAAAAACCACAGUCAGUCUCGCCUGGAAUUUCGAAUAAUGAGGACGACAUGGACGACAAAGCUGAAACGGUUAUUGAAAUCGACAGUGAUUCGGAAGACUCUACAAUCGGGCAAGCCAACGGUAACAUUGUGACAAGACAAAAUCGUGAAUUUCUCAAAGACAAGCUUAUUCAGAAAAUUAACAACAAAGUUGAAGCAGAGAUGGAUCUUCGUACCGAAGAAGUGAAAGUUCUAUUUAAAAUGAUUGGUUGGGAAUUGACGAAGAUACCGUUGUCAGGUUUAGCGGAACCUAAUAAGUUAAGAGCUAUGCGUACGAAAACGAGACGAUUUCAUCACGCGAUUGCCAAAGCAAUUGAUGUGCUAUCCAACAUAAAUGAUCAGGUCAUAACCAAGUAUGAUAAUUGGAGAAAAACAAUGCUCGAGCAAUCUAGACAGACCAGAAGCUGCGACAACGUUGUUAAGGGAAAAAGAGAUGAACCAGAAAAGGAUUUCACAAUACCACUGGAUAUGAUCUGUACAAAUUCGGAAUCAGAAUUGGACGACAUCGAUGAAUACGAGUCAGACGAUAUGCAUAUACCAGAGAAAAUAAAGUGUAUUAAAUCAUUCCGAGAAAGAGACACAGUUGACGUGGCAAUUGGUGAUCCGGUCAAAAAGGCAGACAAAUCUGUUCAAGUGUAUGACAUCGUUGAAAGAGAUUAUGAAAAAUGCAUAGGACAUUCUGUGCUUACCAAAGUCGAGUAUGAUCCGGUGGAUCGAUCUGAAAUGUUAAAGCCAGUUAUUGUACCCGCCGAGUACGACGGUAAAUUUGAGGAACAAUUUAUAUUCUAUUUGCAGCAUAGGGAAGAUAACGAGAUUUCAACGGAAGAUGAGAAAGGUUUGCCGGACCCGAAUGAAACGCCAUUAAAAGAUUUAAUAGAAGCCAAUUCACCGUUCGUUCUAGAAAUGCUAGAGAGCAUAGAUUCUCCAUUGCAAAAUGGCAUGAAUAACGGCGAAAGCAAAACCGGUGCCUCUGAGACGAGUGAUGAAUCCGGGAAAGAAAACAAAGAACAGGGCAAGUCAACUCACUUGAUCAAAGAACUCGCAAAGCUUGUUACAGAAUUGUCCGAGGACUUAAAAACUAGUAGAAAUAAUGAUACUUUAACCAAGAAACAUUCGGAGCAUGGUAAAAAAGACAGGCGAAAACAGAAUUUUGAUCAGGUCGCAAAUGAGGAAGAAAUAGAUAUCGCUGUACAGGCUCUAAUAGAAGAAGACGAACGAAGUAGGAGUAGCAGUAAAGAUGACGAGGUUGUUUCACGCCAUGUAACACAACUUAAAACAUCGACUAUUGUUGCCAGUGAAGACGAGUGUACCAUCAUUGACUAGGAAUUUUUUGUUUUCUCAAUCAUCGUCACAGAUUAACGCAGAGGGCCGGGGCGUUUUUCAGCUAUCAUAUUGCCUCAACUUGACGUAAAUUAUUUAUUUUUAUCUGGAAAUGUUUCAAUGAUUUUUCCCGUUCGUUUUAAAAGUGAAAGUGACAUUUUUCCAGGUUGAUUCGAUUUCGUGUGGAUGGUUGUAAAACUCAAUUUAAAUAAUUCAAGAUCAAAUUUAAUGGUUUAUAUCGCCUUAUAUUUGCACCAUAAAGUAUGUUUACGCUGGUAUGGCACAAAUACGUAAAUACCACGCGAAUUAUUAUUACAUUUUCCAAAUACUUUGCAUUUCAGCUUCCUCAUUGGGACUUGUAUAGAUAAAGCUGGCAAACGCUGCCGCUGUUUCUCAUUUGCUUCAUCUCCCAUUUAUAUCAGUAAUAAUUGGUUAUAAUCAAUGGUUUACUGUGAGAAUAUUUUGCAGGUAAUUUAUCAUUCCACUUAUCUUUGUCAAUUUUACCGGCAGCUAAAAAUUUAUAUAUCCGAAUACAAAAACGAUGCUUUUUAGAUUCCGAUAUUUUCACGAUAAAACCUAUUUUUCUGUCUGCCUUAAUCUGUGAUUCAAAACGAUAAAUAAAAUUCUUUCGUGGAAAUUCAUUCAUGGAAAUUCAUUCGUCAACUGUCUGACAACACCCAGUUUUACAAUCACAGCUGGGUCUAUGUUAAGUACAUAUACCUAUGUAUAUAUUAUACACACACAUUUUGCCAUCGUAACUCAACAAUUGAUUGAAAUUGUUACAUUGUCAUUUUUUCGUUCUAUUGAAUAUUAAGUAAGUUUAUAAACAGUUGGUGUUAGCCGAAUUUAACAAGAAUAAAAACCUCUUUUCUAAAGCUUGAAGAUUUUUCUUUACUGAUUCUGUUUUAUUCUACCAAUAUACUAGUGUGAUCUGUGAUGUGACGCACUGAAUGUUUGUUGAAAAAUGAAAAAUGAUACUUUCAUCAUUCACUCUUAUUUCAUGUGUAUAAAACAACUAAUGUAGUCGUGAAAUGGAGAAAUAAUAUUGAUGCCUGUUCAAUAACGAAUGACAUCGUUAAUUACCUAGUGUUUCAUGUAUUGCUAAGAAAUUAGAUUUUUUGAAAUCAUUCUGCCACAUGCGUUAGUCAAUUUCUUGUUUCAACAUUUUAAUCAGUUCUUGUUCUUUUUUUUUUUUCACUGAUCUGUGAAUAGAGCAUCCGAUCUAAAAGCACCGGCAUGUUGUGAAAGUUGUUUCUUAGAAAAUGAUUAGUUUAAUAGAAUUUUAUUGUAAAUAAGUAACAUCUGCACAUGCUUUAUACUAGCAGUUUUUAAUUUCCAAAAUAAUCAAAUUAUAUGAAGAUGAAUAAGGUAAAAAUGAAAAAAAAUCUACUGUUAAUUGUAAUUAUUAUUGUAUCCAGCGAUGUUAAUAAAUAAUGAACUAGAAGAGAAAACAAAUUACACGAAUUGAUAAUAAUGAUAAAAAUUUCAAUUUCAAUUGACGAAAAAACUGUUAUUUAAAUAAUCUAUUUUGUAUUUGGUUGCUUUAUAACAUGGUAGUCAAUAACUUUAAUAGUCAGUUGUUACAAAAAAUAUUUUCAGGGUACAAAAAAAUUAACAUCGACUACAAUACUCGUACAUUAAAUCUGUUAGCUGUACAAGCGCGUUCCCCGUCUUCGGAUAAUUACGAAUAUAAUAAAUGCACUGCAGUUGCUAUAGACAUCUACAAAUACACGGCCCACGAGCCAAAACAAACUUCGAAUACAGGUGAUGAGAGAAAUUAAUGACAUUGUAGUCAGGCGGCUAGGUGGUCUAGUGGAGUAAGUCUCUGGUAAAGCAUCUCUAGACACCAGGUUCAAUUCCUGGCUCCUUCGUUAAUUUUUCAAGUCACCUAAAAUUUUCGAAGUUGCAUUCUCUAUAGACAGUUUGCAAUCUAUCUUAAAUGCUUUGCAACUAAAUUAUUCGGAAAUAAUUUGUGACAACACUUAGUAUGGUUUUUCGUUUACACAAAUGUGUGAGUGAAAAUUGUGAUA